AUGACCGAGGCACUCAAGAAGCGUAAGCUCGCUGACAACGGAGCAGAUGCUCGCAAGAUCGCCAGAUCCAAAGUUUUGUCGCCAUUCCGGAUUGUUGGAAACGUCUCGAAUGGUGUUCCUUUCGCAGUCGGUACGCUCGGAAGCACUUUUUAUAUCGUCACCAGCGUGGGCAAAAGCUUUCAGAUUUACGACGCCAAUAAUUUGCAUUUGCUAUUUGUGAGCGAGCAGGAAACAGAUGCAUCUAUCACUUGUUUGGCGACACAUUUCCAAUUCGUCUUCGUCGGGUUUGGCAACAAAGUGGGAACCUACAGAAGAGGCCGUCUGGAGCACCUGCUUGAAAUACCCGAUUCAGACGUAACAGUCACCAAUAUUUGUGUUUUCGGUGACUUUAUGUGCGUCUCGUCCGACAAAAACACGGUCUAUGUUUUCAAGCGUAACCCUCAGGACAAAUUCGCCACGGUCUUCUACACGAGACUUUCGAUCUCAAAACUGCAGGGCUCGGAUAUCGUUUCCGUCAUUCACUUGCCAACGUAUUUGAAUAAAAUUGUUGUGGUGACUAAAUCGAAUUUGCUCGUGUACAACGUGAAGUCUGGCAAGCUCCUCUACACAUCUGAUGAGUUGCCUUACUUUAUAACUACCGCUGAAGCCGCUCCUGUUCUCGAUAUAGUUGCAUUAGGAUGUGCUUCGGGUGAAAUCAUUCUGUUCAACGUCAAGAAGGGCCGUAAAGUGCGGUCCAUCAAGACUCCUGUCAAUAUCUCCUCUUUGUCUUUCAGAACAGACGGAGCUGCCCACUUGGCAGUCGGGGCCACGAACGGUGACUUGAUUUUCUAUGACUUGGAUCGCCGUUCGCGUAUUCACGUUUUGAGAAACGUUCAUCGAGAGCAGUUUGGUGGGAUCUCUAGAGCUAUCUUUUUGAAUGGUCAGCCCAUAGUUGUAACUUCUGGUGAUGACAAUCAGUUGAAAGAGUACGUUUUCGACCCUUCUCUUUCUCAAGGUGAUGCAGAAGCCGUCGUCCAACCACCUCGAUUCUUGAGGUCCAGAGGAGGUCAUUCCCAGCCUCCUACCUCCAUUCUGUUUGCUGACGAUCAGUCUCAUUUUCUCUUGUCGGCCUCCAGCGAUUGCUCAUUAUGGGGAUUCUCCUUGCGCAAAGACGCUCAGUCGCAAGAGCUAUCUCAAAGACUGCACAAGAAGAAAGAUGGCGGAAGAAUUGCAGGUGCUACCCUCAAGGGAAAAUUCUCAGAAGUUCUGUCCAUGGCGAUCGAGAAUGCCAGGCAAGGUGAGUGGGAGAACGUUAUUACGGCCCACAAAGAUGAGCAAUUUGCAAGAACCUGGAAUCUUGCUACGAAGAGAGUCGGAAGAUGGACUUUGAAUACUAUCGACAGUGGACUGGCGAAGAGCGUGGCUAUAUCCUCUUGCGGAAAUUUUGGUUUUGUAGGCUCAUCGAAUGGUGGUAUUGGUGUCUACAACUUGCAGAGCGGGCUUCCUCGAAAGAAGUACAAGCUACACAAGAAGACCGUGACCGGCAUUGCGGUUGAUGGCAUGAAUAGGAAGAUGGUUUCAUGUGGUUUGGAUGGAAUUGUGGGGUUUUACGACUUCAGCAAAUCUGCGUACCUCGGAAAAUUGCAGCUUGAUGCUCCAAUUACGUCGAUGAUUUAUCAUAGAUCGUCCGACCUUUUUGCCGUCGCUUUGGAUGAUUUCUCGAUUGUUGUUAUCGAUGCAGUGACGCAAAAAGUGGUUAGACAAUUGUGGGGUCAUUCAAAUAGAAUCAGCUCCUUUGAUUUCUCACCAGAAGGGCGCUGGAUCGUUUCAGCGUCUUUAGACUCCUCUGUCAGAGUAUGGGACUUGCCAACAGGUACAUGUAUAGACGGUAUUCGUCUCGACAGCGUUGCAACAAACAUCAAGUUUUCGCCCAACGGCGAUUACGUGGCCACCACACAUGUGCACGGUAAUGGUAUCUCGAUCUGGACAAAUCGUGCGCAGUUCAAGCCAUUGCCAGCCCGUCAAAUUGACGAAAAAGAUUUUGCUCAAAUCUCUUUGUUCACUUCAUUCGGUAGCUCCGGCACCUCGAUACUUGAUGGUGCAUUUGAUGAGCAAGCGUCCAGUGAAGAACAAGGCGACGAGUUUGGUCAAUACGAAUCUGUGAACCAAAUAAACGGCGACUUAAUAACGCUUUCGUUGGGUCCAAGAAACAAGCUGAAAACCCUAUUGAACUUAGACGUGAUGAGACAGCGUUCAAAGCCUCUUGAGCCGCCAAAAAAGCCGGAGAAGGCACCUUUCUUCUUGCGACUUUCUGGUGAGAAGGUCGGAGACGAUGCCAUUGGAAGGGAGAACGAGAAUUCUGCAGACACCGCCGCAAACGCAAGACUAGAGCAGGAGAAGGAAAAAAUGUCUUCCGAAGCUGAGGAUCAAAUAAGAAAGCACAAACCUGGCAUUGGUGCGUUCGAGUCUAAUUUCACUAGACUACUGAGAGAAGGACACGCGGCAAAGAACUACACUUCCUUCUUGGACGAGCUAGUGGGUCUUUCACCUGCGUCGGUCGAUAUGGAGAUCAGAUCACUGAACUCUUUUGAGCCCUUUGAAGAGCUUACUUGUUUCUUAGAGGCUCUGACCGAAGGUUUGAGCUCUAACAAAAACUAUGAACUGUAUGAAGCGUUCACGAGUCUGCUGUUCAAAGCGCACGGUGACGUGAUUCACGGCAACAAUAAUAACACAGAAUUAAGCGCGGCAUUGGAAUGUCUAGGUGAAACGCAUCUGCAGAAUAAGAGACUUGAUGCCAUGGUCAAGUACUGCUCGAGCGUGGCUAAUUUUGUCUCAUCCGCUUGA